CAUGUAUUGAGGAAUUUCUGCAUGUCGACUGUAAUCCUAUUAUAAUGAAAUAAAACUCUUUUCACUCGAAAAAAAGGAAAAAAAAUAAAAGGAAACAACAUCACUGGUUUUGCAGCAUGUGAGAAAAGAAGAACUAGCUUAUUAUAGAAUGCACAAUUAACUCGCCACCAUUCUCUCUUGACCUCUCCUUCCAUUUUGGCCACCUUCCUUUGGUUUGAGCGCUCCGCCAUUCCCCCGUCGCUGCUCUUGCAUUCCUCGAUCCACAAAAGGGCGAACAGCAUAACAGAUCAGAACUUUUUUGGCACAUUUUUUAUGUUCUUGGUCCACGAACAAGAAGGCAACAAGGCGAGGAUCGGAGGCCACUGGCGAUGCACGCCGCCCUCUUCUUCUUCCUCUCCUUGACCAGCGCCUCCGCGUCCGUCCUCGCCGCCCUCGCGUCUUCCUAAGCUCCGCUCCACCGGCGACGAUUGGUCGAUGGCGCCGCCCCAGGAGGGGGAUCAGUGCGGGAGGCCGGCCGGCAGCGUGUUGAUCUGGGUGGUGACGGUGCUGCUGCUCCUCGCCGUGCUUGGCGGCGGCGGGUGCCUCGUGGCCUACGUCAUGCUGCCGCCGAGCGAGGCGCCCGGAUGGAUCCCCUGCGUCGGCCUGGGCCUCGUGGCGCUCCCCUGGGCGUUCUGGCUCGCCACCGUCGCCUACCGGUGCGUCACGGCGCGCUCGGCCGACCGCGCCGUGGCGCCCGCGGCCGCCGCCGGCAGCUAAUUGUAAUUGGGCUCUUUCAUUACUGAAGAGUAGGUAACCAUUGUGGAUAUUAGUAUCGAAUCUGUUGUCAGUAAAAAUGCAUUUAGCAAGGAGAAUCAAUCUGUGGGGAUCAAUUAUGCAUUGCAAUAUUUGCAUGGUUAUGAAGUAAAAAAGUUGGUUAUCUGAAAGUUGUGGC